UUCGCAAGCGACAACGAGUCCAAUGGAAUGCGCGGAGGAUGCCAACUUCACGACCCCUCGAACGAUCCCGCGGACGGAAAAUGAUGUGUUUACAUUCGUAUCCCCUCCCACGAAGAGCGAGCCUACGCCACGGGAGCCUUCCAAAGGGAGGUCCAUGUCACGGCUAUCGUCGUCCAGGUCCCACAAAAUGUGCCUGUAUCGAACAGGCAAGUGCAGCAACCAGAGACACAUCAAACCGAACGGAUCCCUGCACAAAAUGUGCACGUUUCACAGAGCCAAAGCCAAUGAAAACCAGCGACGUCUCGAUCAAAAGAAGAAGGACGCGGGGUUCCAUCGACGAGAGCGCAUUUCCGCCUUCAAAGUGAAAGGCGUGCUCCAGCCAAAGUCCGCAACGCUCGUGUACGCCCUCGACAGCAGCGAUGCACCCUCCACAGGAACAACGCAACUACAACAGGUGUUAUCGCAUCCAUUAGAAGACAUCAUGCCAGACGUGAUGAUCCCAUUCCUCCUCGACAGCUACUUGGAUGUGACAGGCGAGAACACAACGAACUCGUCGUCGUCCCACGUCGCCUAGUUGCGACCGCGUAUUUAAGAGCGCGUUCAAAUAGGGUGGUUGUCCAAGUAAUAACUUAUGGUCGUUCAUUGAAUUCCAAGCAGUUGUAGCCA